GUCGUCUUUGUCCUCUUUAUAUCGAAAACAGCCACGCCUAGACCUACACGUCGAAAAAUGAGACCUGGAAGUAUCGCCCUACUCAGCCUGUACACUCUACCGUCCAUCUCCGGCUUGCCGACGGAUCGAAGAGGCCUUGAGACUGCCAGCCUUGCCUUGUCCUUCCAUUCCACAGCCGAUGUCUUCUAUCCCCACACAGCUUUCCCCGACACUGAGAACAACGUUGGGUUGUCCGAGCAGGAACAGGUCGAGGCAGACGUGAGCAGGUUGGAAGGGCUGUUCACGCCGGCUAAAGGCUUGUCUACUGCACUUUCCGUUCAUAGUCAGCAGGGUGGUCAAGAAAAGGACGAUCACCGGGGCAACGACCGAAUGACCGCGCCUAGCAGCCAGCCACCGAUAGGCCCUGAUCAAUAUUCUGCCCGUUUCUCUUUCCCCCUUCCCCAUCCCUGGACGUUGCUGGAUUAGCAGAACCUAUUGUACCAUACCACGAC